CCUAUCGGCGUCUUGCAUUCGCAUUCACUAGCAAGCACUUCGUUAACCUAUACCGCUACGUCAUGAAGGUGGGCGGCGACGGGGCGGGGCGCAUCAGCCUCCGCAUGGCGGGAGGAGAGGAGGACGAGAUUGAGUACACUGCGGCGUACUCAAUGGACUCGACGACAGGCUCCAAGCCCAACCUGCACCGCGUGGCGCCAGUGGAGGCAACUACGUGCGUGCUGGUUGUUUCAGUUUACCCCAGCUCCAUGACGCACGCCACGGCGGUCGAGCCGCCAAAGGAGAUGAUGAAGAACACCCUGAUCAACCUGGGCAACCAGUGCAGCAAGGGCAUCCCCAAGAAGCGCAGUGAGAAGUCCAAGAAGAAGCAGUCGGCGGCCCUGAAGAAGCGCCGCAGCGUCUAGAGCCCGAUAAUGAAGGGCAUUGUCGUAAAUGACGUGGAGGGAAGCAGCAGGUUGCAAUUGCAGGAGGUCACAAGGCGUGUUGGGCGGGAUGAGCUGCCCCGCGAGGGCCUCGCGGAGGGUGGGGCGGCCGGCGCCAGGGGACCGAGGAGCGUGUUGAACUGGCAGGAGACAGGAUGCAGAACCAGGAGACAGGAGGUGACAGGAGACAGGAGGCGACAGGAGGCAGGAGGAGACAGGAGACAGGAGGCGACAGGAGGCAGGGGGAGACAGGAGGCAGGAGGACACGGCACGGGCGUCAGGGCACGGAUGACCACAGGUUGAGGAUUCCGCUUUGUGGCUUUUGCUUUCCGCUGGACUUCGGCCCACUAGCAAUCUUCCGGCAGCAAUCUUCCGGUAGUGCGCGCUGGGCCGCAUCUCUACAUUUUGUACCUAUUGGUGUCUCCCGUCGAAUAGCCGGGGCUCUUGUUUCCGACCGGGGGAUGCCGGCAAACCCUGCAGCGUGUUGCCGUGUUCGUGUGUUCUAGGGUCUUCUUCAACGGCGC